AGCUACAUCAAAAAUGCUUAAUUAUGUAAGAAAGAAAACAAGGCAGGAUUUUAUUUCUUAAUAUAAUUGAAACUUCAUUCGCAAACGAAACUUCUCUUUCAAAGAAUGGUCAAAGCUGUCACCGAUGUAAGCUGAUACUAGUGGAUGGAAGGUGCAAUUUCGCAGCUGUAGCAUUCAUUUGGUUCCAAAGAGAGGCAAGGAUUAAUUAGAACAGCAUAAAAACGCCUGUUUUUAAGUGAUGGAGAUGGCUUUGGAAAGAACCAGAUAUUCAUUAUUUACUUUUAUAAUAGCAUUAAUAUGGAUAAAUGUAUGCGUGAAACAAAUAUGUUGCGAACCAGAUACUACAACUCAGAUGCAGAAAGUAAAAGAAAAGAUCCUGAAAAACUAUGAUAAAUAUAUUCGACCGACGAAUGGAACAAAUACAACCGAAGUCCAUACUGCUUUCAUGCCUCGUCAAAUCAUCGAAUUUAAUGAAGACCUUGCCAUAUUUAGCGUGGACUCGUAUCUAUUUAUGACAUGGCUAGAUCCUAGAUUACAGUGGAAUACAACAGAUUAUAACGGUUAUUUACAACUCCCAGCCAGCAUGAUUUGGGUUCCAGAUAUAACUGUACACAACAGUCACAGUCAAAGUGUGAAUCCUACUCAAGAAGUUCUUGUAGCUUUCGAUCAGACUGGUAGGGUAUGGUGGGUUCCACCAAUACUCACUCAGACCUCCUGUUCAGCAUUAACCGCCGCUUCUGCAGACAAAGUCGAGUGCGUCAUUGCGGUCGGAUCCUGGAUGCAUGAUGGAUGGGAGAUUGACUUCCAGCACUCUGAAUGGCUUAUUUUAGACGAAUUUGAAAAUAUAAAUCCCAGAUGGGAACUCAUUGAAUCCGAGGCUAGGGUUUUUCGAAACGUAACUUACUAUGAGUGCUGUCCUGAACCUUACUUGAGUAUUCAAAUUUUUUUCCCGAUGAGACGACGAUCUGUGCCAGCCAUAGAUGCUACCAGGGCUUCUUGUAUUCUGGUCAUGCUCCUCACACUUUCUAUCUUCUGGCUGCCCCCUGAUUCUUCCAAGAAAGUUUUACUUGGCGGAUUCCUUUUCUUUUCUCUCAAUGUCCUUUUGGUAUAUUUAGGCAAAGAUAUCCAAUCGCCCACUCUAGCUUCUUCAGCAGUAUCAUUUGUGAAAACGACUAUGUACUUGGUUGUUUUGGCAAUUCUCGUUCAAGUCUUCAUUAUCAUCAAAAUUGCUUCUUUGUCUGGCCCUUCUCGUCCGUCUCCAACUAUUAUACAUUUCCUGACAGGACCACUUGGCAAAUAUACUUGCUUGAGAUCGCCAUUAUCAGAAGACAAAGUAUCACUGGAUCGUGUGCAACUAAAAGAAGAUGCUUCCACUGUCGAAUCUUUCACUGUCAGAGACGAGUGGAAACUUGUGGCGGCUGCAGUUGAUAGGGUUUUCUUCGUCAUUAUUGGUAUAAUAAUGAUUGCUGUGCACCAUUUGUAAAAACAGAAGCUUGCCAACUAGAUAUUCUUCUUUAAUAAAACUGACUUUAUUUGAGAAAGAAAUGUUGAAGCACUUUGUAAAACAGGCUGAAUUAUUCAAACUUCUAAAGAUCUAAAAUCUCUUUUUAUUACUUAUUAUUACUUCGCUCAUUUUUAAAAGUAUUUUAAUAAUUGCCAUUAAUAAAUUAUGUUGUUAUAAUGUGAUUACUGAUGCAGAGUAAAAAAUUCU